CUUUGCCCAAAAUCAUCUCCCGACACGCUCGUCGUCUCCUUUCUUCGCUCCAAAAGACCUGCUCUGCCAUCACAUAAAAUCUUAAACCGUCGUCAUGAUCGCAGAACAACUUUUCGGCGUCUUGCUAUUGGCGGCUCGCGCCCUUGCCUGCGCCAGUCACGAGAACCAUUACAACUUGGCCGACAGGAAGCGCGGCACUGAGGAGGCGGAGCCCAAAGCCGACUGGGCGUACGAAGCUUCUUUCAACUGGGGUCGCAUCAACCCGAAUUAUACUUUGUGCCAAACAGGAACGCAGCAGUCGCCCAUCGCGCUGAGCCUCAACAACGGCCUGGCUCUGAACCACAUCCUCCGGUUCAACUACCCGAAUCAGACGGCCGGCAACUUCUUCAACUGGGGCUACGGCCCGGCCUUCACCCUGACGCAUCCCGAGGGGGUCUACACGGGCAACCCGUCCUUCACGUACGACAACACCACGCUCUACCUCAAGGGGUGGCACAUCCACGCGCCGGCGGACCACUCGGUCAACGGCGCCCGGUCCAAGGCGGAGCUGCACCUCGUCCACGGCGACGACCAGGGCCGCGAGAGGGCGGUGUUGGCGAUCCUGCUCAACCCGGGCAACGCCAACAGCACCUUCUUCGACCAGCUCCCGCCCAUGAUCGGCUUCAACGACGUCGGCACCGAGGUGCCUGUUACCUUGGACCUCGGCAAGUCGCUCAACAGCGUCGAUCUGUUCAACGAGUUCUGGACAUACCAGGGCAGCUUGACGAGCCCGCCGUGCACCGAGGGGAUCCGCUGGUUCGUGGCGCGGCAGCAGUUGUUCACGGGUGUCGAGCAGAUGAGGGCCAUCCUCGGGGCGAGCACAUAUAGCGCGAGGGCGGAGCAGGAGGUCUGGCAGCACCGUAUCAACGAGUAGGAAGGCAUCAGCACGGGCACGUUUUUUCCAUUUUUUAUUUUUUAUUUUUUUCGUCGCUCUGGGAGAGGGGGGAGGCUGGAUGGCAGCGGGCUUUUGGGACGAGGAUAUGUGGCCAAGGCCCUUGGCGAGGAGGGGAUUACACAUCGGUCUUGGUGAGGACGAGAAUGGCCUGGCAGGGUGAGAUAUGGCUUUCUGGGGGGGGAUUGGCGCCCUUUAUUUUUCUUUUUCCGAAUGAUAGCUACAGCGUUUGAUACCAGCUAGACAGACUUCUUUUUGUUGGGUGGGGAGGGGUUUAAGAAUAAGACCUGGUUCUCGAACGGUUCGGCCGCGUUGGACAGGACGUUUUGACUUUA